GAGCGCUCGGUUUAGUCCGCUAUUGACGCCCGCUGCAAGUGCACGUAUUUAGUGUUUGUCGUCGUCGUCUUCGUCGUCGCCAUUCGUCGGAAGCGCGAUUUGUGUGUUCGUUUCGCGUGUUUUCCACUGUUACGAAUCAGCCGGCAAAAACGCAGAAAACUAUCCAUGCGGUGGCGUGUGAGAGGUGUGCAUUAGACCGUUGAGUGCGGGAGAAGAAAGAAGAAGAAAUAAGCGCAACAAACAACAAUCGGAGCAGGAAGACCGGGGACCGUAUUACAAUAGAGUUUGCGUGUGUGUGAUUUUCGGUAGCGAUCGGAACUGCUCUGAUCGGUGUGCAAGCAUUUCGGAAGAAAUGAGUUUUUGUUCGGAUGCAAAAAAAAUUAAAAUCUAAAUAAUAGCAUUGUGAGCUUCGCAAUUAUUGAAGCUGGUGAUAACGAGACAAUAAGUGAAGCGUUUAUUCGCGGCUACAGCGGUUAGGAAACAGAAGUGAGGGUGAUUCGACAAAAAACCUUAGCCGUAAGCAAUCAACAUUUACACCUGCGUAAAUAUCAACGAAAAACGAAUAGAAAAAGAAGAAGAAGUGCUAGAACACAAAUAGGGAGCCACGACUGUCAACAGCCAGCGCCGGGUGCUACGAUCGAAUAGACGAGCUUUUGUUCUGUUGUGUUUUUUCAACUUCUCGCAACCGGAAGUAGUCAAGUGAGACGUCGCGCGAUUGUGCACUUCACUGUGAAACGAAUGCUUCAAAUCGAAUCAAUACAACAGUGGUUACACGGUAUAAAUUCAAAUUGUUUGAGAUUUGUAUCAAAACAAUCCGCAAAGUGCCGUUUUGUAACGGCGAAACGACAACUGGUGAAGUGUUAAAACGAAAAGAAAAGCCAAAACAAAACAUGAAUCGACGAAAUCCGAGCAGGUUUUUCGUCAGGUUUCCAUGGUAAUAUUCUAUAAACAAAGCCCAUUGGCCACUGGCAGAGUGGUGUUAUCGAUUUUUCCAACACCCUUCAAGUAGUGGGAAAGACUAAAAAAGUCAGUCGAAGCAGAUCCUGCUGGAAAAGUAGUUUUUUAUUCAUGUGUGUGAGAUAUAGAUAGUUACUUCAGUCGAACCAACCAAAAGUAAUCACUGCCAACAGCUUGGAGUCUGCAGCCCCGGCAAUUGCAUCGAUAUUGGAGAGCGGCGAAAAACAAACGCUAAAACCAUGACUCGAAUAUUCAUCAUUCCGGUGCUGGUGCUACUGGCGAUGCUAGCGAUGCCAUCGCCCACAGCUGGAUCGUAUUCCUCGUCCGUGUACAUGGACAAAUCGGCCUACAAAAACAUCGUCGUGGAGAUAAGAGAUGGCGUUCCGGUGGAAAAUUGCCAAACGGUUCUACACAAUCUCGAGAUUAUGCUGACGACUGCCUCGCAGUACCUGUUCUCCGCCCUGGAUGGUCGGGUGUACUUCAGCGAAAUUUCCGUGAUUCUCCCGGCGCGAUGGCCAAACUCCUGCAUACCGUACAACCAAACCCGAACGUCAGCCAGCGGAGAGCGGUCGGAUGUGACAAUUCGGUCGCACACCACCAAGACGGAGGCUCUCAUCUGGACCGAACAGUUUGCUGGCUGCGGGGAGCCCGGUGAUCAGAUAUACAUCGACACCGAGGUGCUCGGGCGCGACACCAUCGGACGAGAGUUAGUCCGCGAGUGGGCCAAAUAUAGGUACGGAGUGUUCGACGAAAUCGGCUACGACAAGGAUCCGGUUUACCCCCGGUGCUACAUCAAUGACGAGCACGAGGUAAAGCUGACUGGCUGUUCGGAUGCGCCCGUCAACGAUCAGGGUCUAUGCGGCAGCCCAACAUCGGCCCCACUGCCGUACAACAUUAGCGACAUCUUGGAUAGAAACGCCCGCACUAGCAUCAUGUUCGCAGCGGAGGCUCCAAGCGUGGCCAUGUUCUGCGACGAAGGAACCCACAAUCGGUACGCGCCUUCCAAGCACAACCAGAUGUGCGACCGGCGCAGCACCCUGGAUGUGAUCCUCAAACAUCCGGAUUUUGCAAGCGAAAAUCCAAUCACGGUAAAUCCGACUGUGAUCGUCAACACCGCCCCAAAAUUCAGCUAUAAAACCCGUAAAUCUACCCGCUACGUGAUCAUCAUCGACGAAACGCUCGACAUGCAGCUCCGCGAGAGCUGGAGUUUCCUGCGCAGUGCCAUCCGAAAAUGGGUCGUCUACGAUCUGCCGGGCAACACUGAGGUCGGCAUGGUACUCGCCAACGACACGGCCACCGAAAAGAUGCUCCAAAUAUCACCUCUCCACGUUCAGGAAAACAAAGACCUUGUGGCGUCGUUCAUCCCGUACUCACCGAGCGAUUCCCGGCAGCCCGCUUGUUUAACCUGUGCCAUAUCGGACGCCAUCAGUAUGCUCAAUGAACGCAGCCGACUCAAUGGUCCGGCUAAUUCGGUCAUUCUGGUUGUCGCCCCCGGAAUGGACUACUCCAUCGACCACAAAUCCCUCACAAAUGCGGCUCGGGCGUCCAAAAUACGGAUCACCACCAUCAACUAUCCGAAUGUGAUCCGUCGGCAGCCGUUGGAUGCCCUUGCGCACGGAACCGGUGGCUCGGCUUUCUCGGUUUUCGAGUGUAAAUACAACGGAGAGAAAACCUACCUCACCACGUACUUCGAGCUGACGAACGUCCUGUUCAACAUCGGUAAGCUGUACUACGAGGGUAGCACCAACGAUCUUCCGGUCGAAAUCUACCGCAAAGAGCUGGUCGAUGUGAUUGACGACUCGAACCAGAUCUCCAAGCGAACGAGCCGCACAGUUACCGGCAGUUUCAUGCUCGACUCAUUCAUGGGACCGCCGGCGUACUUCUUCGUGUACAUUCACAAUUCCGAAAACCCACUGAUUACGAACCUGAAACUUACCAGCCCCAGCGGAAAUGUUUACACGUCGCGAAGCGAUGCCCGUUCGGUGGUCAAACAGCUGAUGAUUUCCGCUGUACUCAACGAAACCGGCACUUGGACCUACACUAUCGAUCGCUUCAACGGGAAUCCUCAGCCGCACUAUGUGCAGGUGAUCGCCACGCCCCGAUCGAAGUACGCUCCGGUCGUGCAGGCGCGCUCCUGGAUUCACCAGAGCAAAGCCGGUGGACCUCCGAUCAUCUAUGCCGAGGUUAGGAAGGGUGACUUGCCCGUUCAGUCAGCUCUGGUGGAGGUUAUGGUGACCCGACCGGACAAGGUUUGCCUGGCGGGUAGCGGUAUGGCCAACGAGUGCCACGAGAAACUCAAGCUACUGGAUACGGGUGCUGGUGAUCCGGACAUCACCAAAGGGGAUGGUGUUUAUUCGAGAUAUUUCAAUGCCGAGGAGUUUGGUGGCGCCGGUGCGUACCAGUUCGAGGUGACCGUGAGCGAUAACGGCAAUACGGCAUAUUCCCUGUCGGAGAGUGCAACCUAUGGAGUGAGCAAAUCUCAACCUGCCCGAUGCUGCGGAAGCUCUAUUCCCAUCCCACUGAAACAGCCGCUUACUCCCUUCCAACGAACUCUACAGCCAAUGACGGUUUUUGUGACGCAGGAACAGCUGAACGAUGGAAAUCGUCGCCUGGUUGGACGCAUCAGCGAUCUCAGCGCAGACGUCGAAGGUAUGAAGGUGCGUCUGAGCUGGACAUCGCCCGAUAUGGGAGGAAAAACUGUCGCACGGUACGAGGUGAAGUACGCUACCACAAUUAAGGACAUUGUGGAUAAUUUUGACACGGCCGCGGUACUUUGGCAUCACGACAACCCGCUGACAUACGCCAUUGGCGACGGAAGUACCUUUACGAUGAACAUCACGCGUGAACCGCACCUAAUCGGGCAAAUUCUAUACUUCGCUGUCAGACCCUACUCGAAGCUAACCAAAGACGCCGAACCGGGACCAAUUUCCAACUACGUUCGUGUGUUUGUUCCGAAACCGAAACCGACCACGUUGUAUCCUCCGUCGAGCAGCAGUGGGACGGAAAGUUACGACUCAAUAUGGUCCUCGUACGAUGGCAUCAAUAAGCAUCAGGACGAUGGGAUGGAUAUCAUACCCAGAAUCGCCAAAACCAUGGAUCUUGGACUGGAGCUGCUGCUACCGAUAAUCGCUGGAAUUAUUCUGUUGCUAGCGCUCAUCCUGGUAUACUGCUACUUCUGCGUAAUAAAGAAACGUCACGACAGCCAUGAUGACGAGCAGAAGAAACCGAUCAAGUCUUUCAAGAGCGACAACAAGCUGUCCUCGAGCCAUAGUGUAAUUGUGACUGCAACCGGGAAUGCGUCCUCUCCGUCGUCCAACUCAACGACAUCCUCUUCGUCCUCACCGAAUCAUGUCAGCCAAACGCCACAGCAAAUUCCCUCCUCGGUAUCGUACGAUAUGAACCUAGGUGAUCACCAAACCGUUGGUAUACCAACCAUCUACAACAUCGAUGACGACAUGAUGGUAUCGAAGAAACGUUACAGCACCAUGGGUCCGACCCAUCCAAUGGAGCAACAAUUGAUUGAGGAACUUAAACAGCAGCAACACAUAAUCGAUUCUCAAUCCUUCAUAGUUCCGACGAAUAACAACAACUGCGCGGUUAGCAUCAUAUCCUCCACUUCCAACAACACUACCCUCACGAGAACCUACAACCCCAAUCCCAUGGUUCCGGGCGGUCGUACUCUCAGCCCCUACGAGUCGUGGUCCGCCACUCAAUUGCUCCAAGAGCACGAACAGCACCAUCACCAUCCGCAUCACCAUCAGGCUACACUAUUGGACGACUUGGUGGAUAACAACGUCCCACAGCAGUACUACGGAACGCAGCCUCACUCCCAGCAUGACCAGAUGUCGCUUCUGAAUAACAACCAUAUCACCGAGAGUACCCCGCCCGUUCCUCCCCUACCAAUAUACACGACGACCCACAGCGGAAACAACACAUCCUACGUGUACGGCCAUCAAACCACCGCCGGACAAUCCAACCACGGGUCAGCCAAUUCCGUCAACGGCGGAAUCGGGAGUGCCGUACAGAAUGGUGGUAUCGGAACCGGAACCGACACUAAAAAACGGCGAAACGUUACGAUGGUCUAAGCGUCCGCUUGAGCAAAAGUGAUAUAUUCUUUAUGUUUUGUUGUCCAAGAGUUUAGGUUUUUUAACAGUUAAAUUUCGCCAAACUUUUUUCCUUGCAUCCUGCGCCCGACAAAUGUGUACAUUAUACAUUAGCGUCGAAUCGGCGCACGGCGGCGCGGUGCGGUUCCGAAUCGGAUUUCAGUUCAAAUCGUUUGCGUUUCAUUCAAUCGAACUAGUCAAAUUGGAUACGUUUUAAAUUUAGAUACGACCUUACGAUGAUUUCGUUGAGUUCAAAGUACUUCCUAAGCAAAGAGGCGGCCAGCAUUUUGUCGAGUUUUAUUUUGUUGUUUUAGUUUAGUGCUCGGCAAUCGAACUAUAUAAACCAACUUCGAUAGAUAGCAUAAUAAGUGAGAGAGAGAUAUGAUAAAAUACGAGCGAAGGCAUUUACAAAUAUACUUAUAUUUUAGUCCUAAGGAGACCCAAGACAAGUGUCAGUAGUAGCAUUUAAGGGUAUGUAUUAUAAACCAUCUGAACGCACGGUGUUUCAUAGCAAGCAAACAAACUAAUAGACAUUAGCAUAAACCAAGAGACACAACAAACGACUAAGAGAAGAAACCAAUCAAUUAUCCUAAAACUAAUACGAAAUGUGGCAUUACAUAUUUAUUAUAACGUUAAGAGUGCGACAACUAUGGGAUUUCGUUUAUCCCACCAAUGGAUUCGAGCUUAAAGCGGUAGGAAUGUCUGAGAAACAUUCGUGUUGAGUCAAUUGAUCAGGCUCCCCUUUGAAUGAGAAGUAACUUUUCAGUAACGUGUCGAAAAUAAAGAACAAUAAGUUUAAGGCUGAA